AUGUCAUCUAUUGAGAAAUUUAUUAGCAAGCCGCCUCUUAUAGUCUAUUCGUCAUUAGCGCAACUGCGAUACUUAGUUCUUAGUGAGGGGAUACCAGCCACAGGAGAUAAACAUGAACAGCGACUUAGAGCUUACAUAUGGUCAAUUCUCUCAAGGACAUCCAUGGAACAUUCUACAAGUAUCUAUAUGACGUUAGUCAACCAGGGCCCCCCAUCUUCAACCAUAUACAAGAAGAUUAAGAACGACACAGGUAGAACAUUCCAAACAAACACCAAAUUUAAAGACAUCGUCCCCGAGGAUGCCCUGACAAGAUGUCUAUCUUGUUUUGCAUGGCAAACUCAACAUUUAUAUGAGGAGGACCACUCAAAGAAGAAUAUAAGCACGUACGUUCAAGGGAUGAAUGUUUUAUUGGCACCUUUAUUGUAUUCAUGCCCCAGUGAACCCAUGGCAUUCCAAUUGUUUUCGAAUCUUUGUUAUUCUCAAAUACCGACAUACAUUACACCUAACUUAACAGGUGUAAGAAAUGGAGCUAAAUUAUUAGAUCUAUGUCUUAAAAUUAUUGAUCCGAAAUUGAGUAAAUUUCUAAAUGACAAUCUAUUGACUGCAGAAAUAUAUGGGAUGCCAUCGAUUUUAACAUUGUCUGGUUGUAAUAAACCACUGGAUCACGUCUGUCGUCUAUGGGAUUUCAUGUUUGCAUACGGGUUCCACAUGAACAUCCUAUUUAUUGUGGCGAUGUUAGUCACCAUCAGAAGUAGAAUCCUUCGUUCCGAUUCUCCAAUGAAUUUGAUGAAGGACUUACCUGAAUUUGAUUCUGAUGAAAUCAUAAAGUUAGGUGUUGGGUUUCUCCCGAAGAUUCCAUCGAAGACUUAUAGUUUACUGGUAAGGCAUUUGACGGACCCUGACCUCUUUAUACGGUAG